AUGAGAAUGCUUCUGCAUUUGAGUUUGCUGGCUCUUGGAGCUGUCUACGUUUGUGUCAUUGCUGUAGAAAGUCCCAUGAAUAGACUGGUGGCAGAGACCUUGCUACUGCUCUCCACUCAUCGAACUCAGCUGAUAGGUGACGGGAACUUGAUGAUUCCUACUCCCGAACAUACAAAUCACCAACUAUGCAUUAAAGAAGUCUUUCAGGGAAUAGACACAUUGAAGAAUCAAACUGCACAAGGGGAUGCCGUGGAAAAACUAUUCCAAAACUUGUUUUUAAUAAAAGAAUACAUAAUAGACCUCCAAAGAAAGAAGUGUGGAGGAGAAAGAUGGAGAGUAAAACAAUUCCUAGACUACCUGCAAACUUUUCUUAAUGUGAUAAACACCGAGUGGACAACGGAAAGUUGA